GUGUACUGGAAGUACUGUUGUGCUAUAUAAUACUAUAAUGGAACUAUACCGCACUUUACUGUACUAUACCACAAUGCAUGUAUGACUAUUCCCGCAUAGUACGUAAGGUGCAGCUCACAGGUUAUCAUCACCAGUGCACUUCACUUCCUACUCGGCGUAAGUCAUGCACUGUAUGUACAUAUAAAGUGGCAACUACCGUAAAUACCUCACGAACGUUCAUAGUUCUAUACUUUCUAUUCACUCAAACCUCCCCUGUCUCUCACCCCCCGAUCCCCAGUUCCGCCGAUCUACUUAAAUUCAACGUGACAGAUCACUAGACCAGGAUAUAUACUGUCUAGCCCUUGAGAGAUGACCAACUCAACAACCCCUCCCCCAGAUGUCGUCGACUUGGACAAAUUCCACACCCAUGACGAUCCUCGCCACACAAGGCUGACAACACCCAGCAAGGCUACCCUCCCCCCCGCCACCCCGCCAAGCCCCGCCCAGAGCACCCUCGACUUCAUCGACAUAAUCGAUAUCCGCCGCGACGCCCUCGGGUCCUCGCUCGAUCUCGGGCGCGACAUAAUGGCGCAGCUGGCGCCGGCGCGGGGGCCGAAGAAAAUGCCUACGUUGCUGUUGUAUGAUGAGAAGGGGCUGCAGACGUUUGAGGAGAUUACGUAUUUGGAGGAGUAUUAUUUGACGAAUGCCGAAAUCGAGGUUUUGGAGAGGAAUGCGGAGGAGAUGGCGAGGAAUAUACAGGCUGAGUCUAUGGUUAUUGAGCUUGGUAGUGGGAACCUGAGGAAAGUAAGCAUACUGCUUAACGCCCUUGAGAAAGCGGAGAAGUCAAUCCAUUACUACGCCUUGGAUUUGUCCAAGAGGGAACUCGAGAGGACGUUAAGCUCGGUACCAAGGUUCGAGCAUGUCGUGUGUCAUGGUCUGCUGGGGACGUAUGAUGAUGGGCUGGAGUGGAUUCGGUCAGGGUGUAAUGCCUCGUGGCCGAAGUGUAUUAUGUCUCUCGGGUCGAGUAUUGGUAACUUCAACCGGGGCGAUGCGGCGGAGUUUCUCAAGGGAUUUGCGGAUAUGCUCAGGCCCAGUGAUUCAAUGAUUAUUGGGCUGGACGCGUGUAAUGAUCCGGCUAAAGUAUAUCAUGCGUACAAUGAUUCUCUGGGCAUAACACACAAAUUUAUCCUGAACGGACUCGACAACGCCAACAGCAUACUGGGUGAGAACGUCUUCGACACAAAUGACUGGGAAGUCAUUGGUGAGUACGUCUGUGACAAGGACGGUGGAAGGCACCGAGCGUUCUAUGCUCCAAAGAGGGAUAUUACUAUCCGUGGUGUUUUUAUCGAGCAAGGUGAGCGCGUGCAGGUUGAGCAGAGCUUAAAGUACUCGCAGGCCGAGAGUGAGGGUAUGUGGGCGGCUGCUGGGCUCAAGGAGGUUGGAAAGUGGGGGGCUACCAAAGAGCAAUAUAACAUCCACAUGCUCACCAAACGUGCCAAACCCUUCCAACUCCACCCCUCCCAAUACGCCCUCACCCCCACCCCCACCCUCGAAGACUGGCGCGGCCUCUGGUCUACCUGGAACACCGUCGCGCGCGGCAUGAUCCCCAACAACGAGCUCCUCGCCAAACCCAUCAAGCUGCGCAAUGCAUGCAUCUUCUACCUCGGCCACAUCCCCACCUUCCUGGACCUUCAACUCAGCAAGGCCACCGGGGUGCCCUUGUGCGAGCCCUCGCACUAUCCACAGAUCUUUGAGCGCGGGAUUGAUCCGGAUGUGGAUAAUCCGGAUAAUUGCCACGCCCACUCCGAGAUCCCGGAUCAGUGGCCGCCGGUGGAGGAGAUCCUGGAGUAUCAGGCGCAGGUGAGGAGGAAGGUGGAGGGGUUGUAUGCGUCGGGUGUGCCUGAGGCGUCGAGGAAGGUGGGGAGGUCGUUGUGGAUUGGGCUUGAGCAUGAGAUUAUGCAUCUGGAGACGCUGCUGUAUAUGCUUCUGCAGUCGGAUAACUGCAUGCCACCUCCGCGCACCGUUAAGCCUGAUUUUGAGGAACAGGCGAGGAGGGAUGCGGAGAGAGAGGUGGAGAAUCAGUGGUUUACGAUUCCGGAGCAGGAUAUUGCGCUGGGUCUUGAUGAUCCGGAGGAUAAUUCGGGGGAUGGGCAUUUUGGGUGGGAUAACGAGAAGCCCGUGAGAAAGGCGCAUGUGCGGUCGUUUCAGGCGAAGGGACGGCCGAUUACGAAUGAAGAGUAUGCUAUUUAUCUCGAUGCUACGGAUAACGAAAACCUGCCUGCUUCGUGGACGAGACAGCAUGCCAAUGGAGAUCUGUCAGCUCAUACACCUAAUGGCAAUACAAAUGGCUAUACGAACGGGAAUGGGCAUACUAAUGGAAAUGGCCUAACCAAUGGAAAUGGUCACACCGAUGGGAGUGGCCACACCAACGGCAACGGUUAUCUUUCUAACGGCUACACCAAUGGCCUCACUAAGCUCCACCCCUCCUACAUCUCCAACAUCCUCGUGCGCACAGUCUACGGCCCCGUAUCCCUCGCGCACGCACUCCACUGGCCCGUCAGCGCAUGUUAUGAUGAGCUAAGGCGCUGCGCGAAGUGGAUGGGAGGACGCAUUCCGACAGUCGAGGAGGCGAGGAGUAUUUACAGUUACGUCGAUGAGCGGAGGCUGAAGGAGGUGCGGAAUGCAAGGAGGGUGCCGGCUGUUAAUGCACACCUCGUAAACAACGGCGUCGAGGAGAGCCCGCCCCUCCGCGACCCCGCCGGCUCCCCCGCCAACCCCCAUUCCGCGCUCUUCACGGACCUCGAAGGCGCCAAUGUGGGGUUCAAGCACUGGCACCCUGUGGCCGUGACGGCGGAUGGGGAUAAGUUGGCGGGGCAGGGGGAGAUGGGGGGGGUGUGGGAGUGGACGAGCUCGGUGCUGGAGAGGCAUGAGGGGUUUAGGGAGAUGGAGUUGUAUCCGGCGUAUAGUGAGGAUUUCUUCGAUGGGAAGCAUAACGUCGUGCUUGGUGGGUCGUGGGCGACGCAUCCGAGGAUUGCGGGGAGGAAGAGUUUCAUAAACUGGUACCAGCGAAACUACCCCUACGUCUGGGCCGGCGCGCGUCUCGUUCGGGACAUCUGAUCAAUCACUCAAUCGAUUCAUGGGCGGCUGGCUCCUUAUUUUCCGUUGCUGGGACUGGAGGGAAAAGCGUUUGGAACCGGAAAAAUGCAAAGGGGCUGGCUGGGCUGGGUAACUGUUUUAUUGCUUUUGCUUUCGAUGCGUUGGUUUCUUGAAACUUGUUGGAGGGGUAGGUAAUGUUUUAUUGUUUCGAUGCUUCGAUGAUUUGGCUUUGAAACGUGGGGGAGGGGGUAAUUUGUGGUGGGGAGGUAUGGCUUGAUGCUAAUUGCUGAGUUUAAGCUAUUUAUGAGUGUUGAAAUCGAUGAUUUAUUUGUAUGCCGCCUUCUGGCGAG